UUCAAUUUCUCUAUUUUUAAGUUUCAUUUGAUAGAGAAAUAUAUAUUUGAUAUAAUAAACUAAUCUACUUCUAAGAUAAAGUUGUGAAAUAAUGUAGCAAUUAAGCAAUUUUUAGAGACAAUACAUGUUGUAUCAUUUUGUUGCUUGAUUUUUAGUUGACCAACGAAACCUAUAGAUUUGUCAAGAUUAUCUGACUAAACGAAUACAUGACAAGGUCACAUUAUUCAUGUUAUUGGAAAACUCAACAUGUUCAUUUGUUUGAAACAGGUUGUUUCCCCUCCAUCCCUUCUACAUACUUCCUCCUAGGUUAGUGUGUCUAUCUUGUCAAAAUGUAUUAUAUAGGUUGUGUCGAGAUGUUUUUUUAAUAAUCCAAUAGGAAUCAUUUAGUCACCUUCACAGUAUUUAAAUGUCUCGUCCAUACGUGUGUGUAUAUAUAUAGUGGUUUCGGAUAUGUUUAACGGGGUAAGGUUCCAUACUUUCCCUGAAAUAGUAUAUUUAUGGCAGACGAAAUCCAAUUAUUUCUUCACUUGAGAGUUGAUGUUAACACUGGCAUUACCAAUGUAAAUGUUGGAAUCACAUUUUCGCUGAAUUCAACCAAAUUCAUCAUAUUGAGCAUUUCCAUUCCAUCUACAGUAAUCAUAAAAUCAUCUUCUGAUAGGGGCCCAGAUUUCUCACGUUCAUCAUCAAUCACUUCCUUAAAAUGAUCAGAUCGUACAAAUAUUACUCAUUUAGAUGAUAAACUUUUUAACCUGCUUAAACAUAAAUUAAACUACUAUAUUAUUUAAUCAGAAAUUAAUCAACAAUGACCAAUCAGUAUAAUUAGCAUCAAACACUGUUCUUUCUGCCUAUCAAUAUACUAUUGUAAGUCCCAUGCAUUCUGUUACUGAAAUAAAUAACUCUGCCGAGAUUUUCACUUGUUUGUCAACACUGAAGUCGACAUCCACCGUCUCCUCCUCAUCAUUGUCAUCUCCUUCGGAAACAAACUUAAAUAACAGUGAUUUGCAUAAGUUUUGCUUAGAUGAGAGUUAUCCACCAUCUUCCGAAAUUUUCAAUCCAAUCUUAGAUAACAUACUGUCGUUAUCUGUUACUAGUCAUAACAAUUACGCCGAUAAAAUCUCAUCAUCUCCAUAUAAUAAUGGCAACUCAGAAUGUUUAAUCCAUCAUGAUCAUAAACCACAACUACAUCAAAAUUAUGUAGAAUUUGUCGAAGACCAUUAUGGAUUUUUUUGUAUCUGUCAUAACUGCGAAAUAAACCAUUCGAUAGACCCAAUCAAUACUUCAUAUGUUAUUAAUGAUGCAAAGAAAACGUUGUCACAAUCAACAGUUUCCUCAACAUCAUCGUCAACUGGAUUAGCUUAUUUAUCCGUUUCUUCACAAUUGAAUGGUAAUAAUAUUGACGAUGAUGAACAACGGGGAACUAUAGACCAAGCAAAAACUUUUUUAAAACGUUUUCAAAAUUUCAUUACACAUUCAGUAAAAAGAAAAUCGAAUCGAUUAUUGAAAAAUUAUAAUGAGAAUUUUGGCACUUGUGAUGACCAUAAUAAUUUGUAUACCAUAAAAGUUUCUACUGUAAGUAAAUCUCAUUUAAUAAGUUAUCAUAAAAAACGUAGUAGAUCAUUACGUACUAUAUCGAAUUGUGUACAGUCGAAAUGCUCGUUAAAUAAUAAUAAUAAUAAUGAUAACAAUAAUAGUGGUAUACAGCAGAAGCAUGAUAGGAUAAAAAUGCCUCAUUGUUUGGAUGAUGAUAUACACUCUGAUAAAUAUUUUAUACAUUCUAAUACAAAAAAGCCAACAUGUCACCAUUUUGGGUUAGUGAGUAGAGCAGUGGAGAAGUUUAUUUCAAAUUUGAAUAAAGCAUUGGAUUGUUUAGCUGACAAUAGGAAUACUACUACUAUUACCUUUGUUAAUAGUAAUUGUAACCCAUUACAUCAUUUGUAUGGACCGUUUAAGCAGUUAUUGAUGGAAUUAGCCAUUGUUUUGCAAUGUAAACAAUUUAACAGAGAUUUUGUUAAAUGUGAAGGUCAUUGUAAACUCUUCCACCUUGUCGAAUGCAUUGAUAAACUGGAUAAAAAAUUUCAUGAUGAAAUUUGGUCCUAUGUCCUGUCCUGUCUACUUGAAUUAUCCAAUCAUGCUAUAACUAAUCGAUUUAUUAUUUGUAAUAAUACUCCAAAUAAUAAUAGUAGUAAUAGUAAUAAUAAUAAUAAUAAUAUAAAGUUGUAUCCACAUGAAAUUUGUUUGACACAAGAGAAUGAUCCUCGGAAGUAUUUAUCUGAAGAAAUGCUAAUUCAACAAGAUGAAAAUAUCAACCAAAUCCAGUACUCAUCAACAUCAAUUCUACCUAUGAAGAAUGUCUAUGGAGUAGAAGAAUUUUUCAGUUGGCAAUUAGUAUCAGAUAAAUUUUUAUCUGUGAUCAUUGAGCAUUGUAGGAAAGAAACUAAUUUAGAGUGUCUGCUAAAUGAAAUGAAGUUGUUAUUAAAAAUAAUGACAGACUAUCCUGUACAUAUUCAGUAUGUUACUAAGCAAACUGAACAAGGAUUUGUAUUAGAUUUAUUAAAAAUAAUCCAAUUAAACAUUGUUGGUUAUAAAUCUGCUGUGAAUUACAAUUCAACGCGUUUGGAAACAUUACGAUGUGAAAUACAAAAUCUUAUUAUGAAAUUUUUAUAUGUGAUAUUUUAUUAUGGGAAACAACAAAGUCAUCUGGUAUGCUUAAUACAUCAGUUUUACGGAAAUAUACAAUUUACUGAAUGGAUUCCAGAAUUACGCAAUCGUUCACUUUGGGAGUUAAUGAUCAAUUCAUAUUAUCGAAAGAAACAUCAUUUCGAUCAUUCAAUGAUGGAAACAUUUAGCUCAUGUCUCCCAUCAUCUGACGAUAAUUCUGAAAAUACUGUAGUGUUAAAUUUUUUGAAAGAUUUUUCAAAUUUUCUUGAAAAUGAGGCAUUAUGUAAAACAGAAUGCAUCCAGAGUAAUAAUGACAAUACUAAUAUAAAUAUUUACAAUCCUAGUAUUGAUAAUGUUGAAAAAGAACCACAGCAACGUAUAUUAUCACACCGAUUGUGUAGUAAUAACAGUAUUACAAAUACUACUAUUCAUGGUCAUAAUAAUAAACAAUCCAGUAUGCAAUUACUAAUUUCAGUAUGUCGAGUACAACAAGUAAUUAAUAGUUUAUUAUUUACCAUAAUGAAAACGCCAUUGGCUCGUACAUCCGAAGAAACCGUUGAAAAAAUGAAACAACUAUGUUCAGCAGUGUAUUUUGAUGAGUAUACAAUUAAUUCAACUGAUCAAUGUAUUGAAGAAGCGUGUAUUAAACUAGGUUUCAAGAUACCAACUGAUCCAUAUGCUGAUUUUGAAAAACCACCAGGUACACUUGGAUUUCAAUGUAUUUAUAAUUAUAUAAUGAAAAAUAGAAAUAAACUUAUUGAUAUGCUUAAUUAUGCUUAUCCAUGUCAAAAACAUUCCUAUCUAACCACGAACACCACUAAUAAUCAUUGUAAAUUGAACCAUUUGUCAGAAUUCAAUACAUUAUCUUCUUUGAAUGUGAAUAAUAAUAAUGAUAAUAAUAAUGUGAAUGAAAUAAGUAGUAAGUCGUCACAACAACGUAUUCAACGUCAUUUUUCCACUGUUGAUUCGAAUUCCAUUAAAAAUAUAUUACAUACUACUCAUUUACAUGAUGAUAGUAUACAUAAUCAACGUAAUAAUUUUACUGGACGACGAUUUACAAUGGAUUCAUUAAUAGCAACAUCUAAUUUAUCACAAUCAUUUAAGCCAAUGAAAGAGUAUUAUAGUCAUAAUAGCUUUCCAUGUAAUUAUUCCAUUUCAUCAUCUUCGACUGUUUCAUCAUCAUUAAUUGAUAAGAAGCCAUUAUUUCCAAUUAUUGAAGCUGCUAAUGCUGUGACAAGUAUGCUGUGUGAAUUGCUUGCAACUAAUGAUACAAUUCAUGAACCAAUUAUGAUCGUAGAACAAGAUGACAAGGAUUUUUAUCUUUCAUCGCCAUUAUAUCCAAUUUUACUCAAUAAAUCAAAUAAUAAUACUAAUCAUUAUCAAAGUAAUUUAUCAUCAUUUGAAGAUAUAUUCGAUUGUGUUUUUUCAAAAUUUUUCUCUUCAUGGACUCAAAUGAAAGCUGUUCCAGAAGAUUUAGUGGCAAUUUUAUGCGUUGUACGAGAGCAGAUAAAUCGUAUUUUGAAGACCAUUCCUAUUUCACUUGAAGAAUUUGAAAAUUCUCUGAUAAAAUUUAAUCCAUAUGAUGUACCGUCCAUGUGGUCGAAACGGGAGAAUCGUCUACGUGUAGAUAUGUUACAUAAUCACCCAGCAUUAAUAGAAUUACGUAACGAUGUAAGAAAACGUCAUCAAGGACAUGUAUAUGAGAAUCGUUUAAAUAUUUUGUCAAAUUCAGCACCUUUAGAAUACAUUCCAUCAAAAGGAUCAAAAUUAUGUAGUAAAGACAAUCAAUCCUUCACUGUACUCCUGUCACCCGAUCGCAAAUCGCUUGUUAUAAGAGAUACAAACCAGAUUAUAAGAGAAAUAUGGCAACUAAACUGUAUUAGUCGAGUAUCUUUGGGUAUAACUGAGAAAGUGAAAAAAAAUCCGGAACGUACAUUACUCUUUCAAGUGGAAUUGUUCGAUAUCCCAAAUCAAGAUGAUCCUAAUGAAUCGACAAGUAAUAAACCUCGUUGUUUUCGAGUUACUUUAUUAGCCAGAUCAAUAAUUGAAUAUAAUUACUGGUUAGAUGGAUUAUUUUUAUUAAACAAAUUAAAUAAUCCAAGUGACUAUUACAAUGAAGAUGUGGAGCGUUUAACUGAACUAGACAUGUGUAUACGUCUUUCAAGUUUAGAUUUAAAUCAGUUGCCCAAAAGAGAAAUUUCCAUACCUACCGAUCCACCACCACCAUUGGAUUUUAUUUGAUUUCAUUAUUAUAUUUUUUCUUCUUCAAUAUUCUUAGUGUAAUUAUUCAUCUUGAUUUUAAAUAACUUUAAAUUGAUAGAUUAUAUUGUUCAUUUAUUUCAUUGUUUUUGAACAUUGAAUACACACAGAGGUGCAUGUAAAUUGAUCAUUUACCCAAUCAUUAAUAAUUGUGUACGAAAUUUAUCUAACUUUAUUUUCAUUACAUUUUAAGUAGAAACAAAACUGAAUUAUCUAAUUAUAAUUUCUAUUAUUUUCUUAAUUAUGUAUAGUGGGAGUUUAAUUGUUCCAGUUUUAAGUUUUCUGGGUGACCUCUGAAAAGAAUAUUUCUGCUUAGCCACUUUAUUAUCAUUCUUCAAAUUUAUUACUAACAGUAUUUUAAUCGAUAUUAUUUCUAAUAUUCACCAACGUUUUGCUCACGAAUCAUCAGUAAUCUUGAAGUAAAUUACUGAAAUAAUGUAAUUUUCAACAAUAUCACUAUCACCUUGUUUGUACCCUGCAUAAUAUCAUGACUGAUCGCCCUUUUUCUUCUAGAUCUUUAGAUCGUUAUCACCAACUGGUAUUUACCUUCUAUCUACAUAUGACAUCUUGGAUUGAUUCUUAUAAAUAACUGAUAAUAAUCAGGACACAAAAACAUUGGUUCUACCAUUUCCCCCCUUAUUUUUUCUGCUUGUACAUGCAAAAAGAAAUGUACAGACAGUGAAAUAAACUUAGCCAUAAUUGGUUAUUUUACUCUAAAAAUAAUAGCUAUUGGUUGUGUGAAAUCAAAGUUUGUUAUUUUUCUCGAUUAAAAUAAGUCGAUUGCAUGGAA